AUGAGUGCCCACCGCCUCCCUAUUCUUCUUCUCCAUGCCUGGUGGGCCCUACUCGACCCGCGCGCCGCGACGGUGACCGCCUUUCCUCUGUGGACACCGGGGCAGCCCUCGUCACCAUCCUCUCUCGCGUACAUGAUGAGCCUCUACCGAGACCCGCUGCCUCGGGCGGACAUCAUCCGCAGCCUCCAGGCUCAAGAUGUGGAAGUGAGUGGGCAGAACUGGACCUUCGCUUUCGACUUCUCCUUUCUGAGCCAAGAAGAGGAUCUGGCAUGGGCGGAGCUCCGGCUACAGCUGCCCAGCCCCAUGGACCUCCCCACUGAGGGCCCACUCAUCAUUGAAAUUUUCCACCAGGCAAAGCUGGACCCAGAGCAGGCCCCAGCCGGCUGCCUGGAGCGAGUUCGGAUGGAGCAGUUCACUAUCACUCCGUCUCAGGUCACUUUUUCCUUGGGCAGCACUGUCGUGGAGGUAACCAGGCCACUCUCCAAGUGGCUAAAGGACCCCAGGGCACUAGAGAAGCAGAUGUCCAGUCUGAAAGGAAAGUGCUGGCAUCAGCCCCGCACCCCACCUGUCACUGUCACCAGCACAAAUGUGCUCAUGCUCUACUCCAACCGGCCUCAGGAGCAGAGGCAGCUGGGUGGUGCCACUUUGCUCUGGGAAGCUGAAAGCUCCUGGCGGGCCCACGAAGGACAGCUGUCUGAAGAGAGGGGCCGAUGGAGAAGGCACCGGAGGCAUCACUUGCCAGACAGGAGCCAACUGUGUAGGAGGGUUAAGUUCCAGGUGGACUUCAACCUGAUUGGCUGGGGUUCCUGGAUCAUCUAUCCCAAACAGUACAACGCCUAUCGCUGCGAGGGCGAGUGUCCUAACCCCGUGGGGGAGGAGUUUCAUCCUACCAACCAUGCCUAUAUACAGAGCCUGCUGAAACGCUACCAGCCCCACCGGGUCCCUUCCACGUGCUGUGUCCCUGUGAAGACCAAGCCACUGAGCAUGCUCUAUGUGGACAAUGGCAGGGUCCUCCUGGAACACCACAAGGACAUGAUUGUGGAGGAAUGUGGAUGCCUCUGACACAGCCAGGGGGAGGGCUGAAUCAGCUUGCUCUCCACAAUGCUAGUGAACUCCGGGGAGACCCCAGUGUCUAUCCAGGGAGCAAAAAUGGGAGAAGGGCUCUGCCUGCCAGAGCUGAGGAGGAAGGCCUGCUUCCUGUGCACAGUCAGACCUUAGACCUGCCAGGCCAGAGGCUACUGCAGGGGGGCAGGAAUGGAGAACCUUGGCAGAGGCUGGUUGGGCUCCCUGGAAAUGGGGGCUGUGAACUGUGCAAGUGCUUUUUAAACUCUGGAGCCCUUGGAAUGGUGUGCAAAGGCUGGGGUAUGCUAUGUAUUUAUUUUUGAGGCCAUCUGUAGCUUUCCUGUACUCUUAAAAGUGGUCUGUGACCCACUGUCACUUCUUAAAGAUCGGUAUAAUUUGACUAGAUUAAAACUAACCAUUUGGCUCACCCUGCUUCAUGCUGGGCUAGGGGAGCCCCACAACUUUCUGGCUUGCUGUUACUAAUGUGAUGGCCUUCCUCAGGAGCUCCCUGAUCUCUGCUUAUGAGUUGCCAGAACAAUAAAGCCACUGUCCAGUUCUCUCAGGGCCAGCUGAUGCCUUUGACCAGAGAGGUGGGCACUUGUCCAAGAGGGACUGGCCAUGGUGGACUAUGGAAGCCAGAGCUGUCAGACAUCUGCUUGUCAGACAGAACCCAAGUCUAUUAAAAGUCAGUGAGAAUUCAACUCAGGCUCUCAAUGUGUUUUGGGGUCCUGAGGUUCUGAUCCAGCAGGGGUUGGGUUGUGGUCAUAGC